AUCAAAACAACAUGUUGAUUAUGCUAAAGGUGGAUGGAAGUUGGGAUGAAUCCUAUGUUUUCUGUAAUAAACGAACUUGUGGUCUCAUAGUUCCAGAUGAGACAUUAUAUGUUCGUUUUAUUGCUUUGGUGUAUUCAUGCAUUGGUUCAUUUGCUAUGAAUGAAAAGUUGAAGAUCAGUUAUUUGGUUGAAGAAUGUCCUCCCCCAGUGGUUGUUAAUGAUGAUUACAGUUUGUGCUUUUAUUUGGCUCUUAAAAAAUCACAACCUGAUUAUGCCAAGUAUCCUUUGUGUGUUGAGUUGUUUCCACUCUCUGUGUCUACUGCUUCCCACUUCUCUUCACAACUUCCUGCAUUUGAUUUAAAUGUGGCUGCAAAUGGUGAAUUUGAUGAUCUUGAAGACACUUCUAUCAUGCAUCAUCACACAUUUCACAUUUCUUCUCCUCAAAAUGAAGAUAUGUCUUUGGACAUGUAUGCUACGAAUGCUGAUAUUUCAGUUCAGUCUGAUAUUUCUGGUUCUAGCAAUGCAGUUUCUUCACCUACAUCUUCAGGCAGUGAAGAUCUUGCUGUUAAUGAACACUUUGAUUUAGACUAUUUUCAUGAUUUUCAAGAUAUUCAAGUAAUCUGUCACUUUCAUCCUACUCGUAUUGCUAAAGAUGCUAUCUACCAAGAUAAGAAAUCAUUAGUCCAUCAUUUGAAGAUGUAUGCCAUUUCAAAUCUUUUCCAAUAUCAAACAAAGACAUCAACUAGAAAAGUCUUGCAUGUUGUUUGUGUUGAUGAUGAGAAUUGUGAUUGGGCUGUACGUGCAGUGAGGUUGAGUGGAUCUCAAAUGUUUGAAGUAAAAAGGUAAUUUAAUGAGAAUUGUUUGUGUUUACAAUCUGAUUUUGUACUAUUUUUAACUUAUUGUCUAAUUACUGCCUUUUUAAUGACUACUUACUGUUGUACAACUUCCAGAUUUGAUUCUGUGCAUACAUGCUCACUUGAUGUGAGACAAGGUACCCACCGCCAAGCUACCACAGAAAUUAUUGCUGAACUCAUCAAACACAGAUAUGCGGAUGCAUCUAGAAAACCUUAUGCUCCGAAAGAUAUUAUUGUUGAUUUAAAUAGAGAUUAUGGUUUGACUAUACCUUACAAGAAAGCUUGGCUUGCAAACAAGAAAGCUCAAGAAAAGUUGAUGGGUUCAGAUGAGCAAUCAUAUCAAUUGUUACCCUCCAUGGCUUAUGUUCUUAGAAAGAAACAUCCUGGUUCAUUGAUUUUGUUAGAUGUUGGGGCACAUAAUCGGUUUAAGUCUUUCUUCAUGUCGUUGAAUGCAUGGAUGGAAGGCUGGAAACAUUGUGUUCCGGUUCUUAUAAUUGAUGGCUCAUUUAUGAAAGCGUAUUACAAGGGUACUCUAUUGACUGCAUGUGGUCAAGAUUCUAACAACCAGAUUUUCCCUUUGGCUUUUGGUGUGUGUGAUACUGAGCGAAGGAAAACAUGGACUUGGUUUUUUAUGAAACUGAAGGAGUGUCUUGCACAUAGGGAGGACAUGUAUAUUGUUUCAGAUCGUCACGAUGGUAUUAUACAUGCAGCAAAAGUGGUGUUUCCGCAUGCUGAACACGGCUACUGUGCGUACCAUAUCCUAGGAAAUAUUAGAUCAAAGUUCAAGGGGUCUACUACAGGUCUUGCAUGGAAGUUUAAUCAAGCUGCUAGGGCUGCCACUCCUGCUCAAUUUGAAGAGUAUAUGGCUUUAUUAGAUGCAGAAGAUCCCCGUAUCCGUGAUUAUUUGAAUGAAAUAGGUGUUGAGAAAUGGGCUCGCUGUUUUGCUCCUCGUUCUAGGUAUUCUAUAAUGACAUCUAACAACGCCGAGUCAGUGAAUUCAGUGGACCGUGUGCCUCGUGAGUAUCCUAUAGCAAAAUUGAUAGACUUCUUGCGGGGAAGGAUGCAAAAAUGGUUUUGUGAACGUCGUGAUUCUUCAUCAAGUUGUAAAACAAUUCUGUCUGACCAUUUUGAAUCUCAACUUCGUUCUUAUCAUGCCGAGGCAGCUCUUAUGAGUGUCAAUCCUGCUAGUCAAUAUGAAUUUGAAGUGGUGGACAAAACAUCCAGAAGCUUUGUUGUUAAUCUGAAAGACAAAACAUGCUCAUGUUGUGAAUUUCAACUAGAUCACUUUAUAUGUGUACAUGGAGUUGCAGUUGUAGGUCAUCAUCGAGGUUUAUCGUGCUAUGUUUACAUAUCAAAGUUUUAUUUCACACGUGAGUGGGUUGCUGCUUAUAUAGGGGAAGUUCACCCUCUUAGUUCUCGGUGUGAUUGGGGUGUUCCUGCUUCUGUGGCAUCUGAAAUAUGCAAGCCACCUACAUGCCUCACACGCCAACUGGGUAGACCUAAGAAGAAGCGUAUUCCUUCAAUUGGAGAGUUUGGUUCCAGGCAGCGGUGUUCACGGUGUAAGAAAGGCGGCCAUAAUAAGAAGUCUUGCAGGAAUCCUAUCCCAGUCCGUGCUUCAUAGUUUUAUGUGCUUUUGUUUUUUUCCCUAAACAAGCAAUAAAUAAUUGAAAGACAUUUAUGCUUUAUUCAUCACUAUUGUUAGCUGCCACGAUUUGUUGGCAUUGUAUUCUAUGUUCAUUGGAAUAGUACUUUGGCGU